AACAUAACAAAAUUAACUUCUUCAAAAAUCAGCUUUUGUUUUGUGAUAUUUUGGUGUGUAUUUCCUAGAGAAGGAAGAUCCAUGGCUUCAAGGCAAGAGAAGGAGGAGAGCGCAGAGGCAUUCCCGAGGCUCGCUGCCUCUGAUCUCAGAGAUGUUAACAGGAGGAGAGAAUAUGAAGAAAAAGUCACUACCACUUAUAAAGUGGAGACAGAGCUAGACCAACAACAACAGAGGCCUGGAGUCAUUGGCUCCGUAUUCAGAGCCGUUAAAGAAGCUGCCACUGGGAAGAGCCAGGACGCAGCUCAAGUGGCGAGAGAGACUGGAGAUGCAAUGACGGGAAAGGCUAAGGAGUAUAAAGACUACAGCACGGAGAAAGCUCGGGAAACUGCCAAUUCAGCUGCGCGGAAGAUGAAAGAGUAUGGCGACUCUGCUGCGCAGAAGAUGAAGGAAACCAAAGCUGCAACAAUGGGGAAGGCUGCAGAGUAUAAAGAUUCUGCUUUGGAGAAAGCAAACCAAGCAGCAGAGAAGGCAAGAGAGACGAAGGAUGCCAUGGGGGAGAAGGCUAAGGAGUACGCGGACUAUACUGCUCGAAAAUCGAAAGAAACAGCAAACUCUGCUGUGGGGAAGAUGGGAGAUUAUGCAAAUCAAGCGGCGGAGAAGGCUAAAGAGACUAAAGAUGCAGCGGUAGAGAAGACUAAGGAGUAUGGUAACUAUACUACGAAAAAAGCAAGGCAAGCUAAAGGCUCUGCCAUGGAGAAAAUGGGAGAAUAUAAAGACUAUGCCGCAGACAAGGCGAAGAAGUGUGGAGAUUAUACGGUGGAGAAAGCCAGAGAGACGACCAACACUGCUAUGGCGAAAACGGGAGAGUACAAAGACUAUGCUGCAGAGAAGGCGAAAGAGACUAAGGAUGCCACGUUCAAUAAGGCGAAGGAAUAUGGCAACUAUACGUCGGAAAAGACUAAGGAAGCAAGGGACACGGCAGUGGGGAAAGCUGGUGAAUAUAAAGAUUAUGCGGCACAGAAGGCUAAGGAUGCAAAGGAAACGGUGACGGGGAAGACAGGGGAAUAUAAAGAUUAUGCGGCACAGAAGGCUAGGGAUGCAAAGGACACGGUGGCAGGGAAGGCAGGGGAAUAUAAAGAUUAUGCGAAGGAAAAGGCAAAGCAGGGGAAGGAUGCUACGAUGGAGAUGGCCAAGGAAGCCAAAGAUACAACUGUGAAGAAGAUGGGAGGGUAUACUGAUUAUACUGCAGAAAAAGCAAAGCAAGGGAAGGAUACGACGGUGGGCAAGCUGGGUGAGUUAAGAGACUCCGCCGCUGAUACGGCCAAAAAGGCGAUCAAUUUUCUCACCAGAAAGGCAGAUGCAGAGGGAACGGAGAAGAUGCUGGAUGCUGAGAUGACGGCGGAGGCGAGGAGGAGAAUGGGGGAGAUGAAUCUGUACGGGCAGGAGAAGCCUGAAAGAUCGGAAGCGGAGAAGGGGAGCGCCGCCAGGGGCAACAUCCACAGCGCCUUUCCAAGCAAAAUGGAAUCGAUAAAAGGGAAAUUAACGCAGCCGUCGGAUGUGGUUAAGGACAAACGGGCAGCGCGUGAGAUGGGUGGAAGAGAGAAGCUGGUCGUCGUAAAUGUGGAAGAAACCCCGACGGAAUCUGUGGCGUCCACUUUCCAAGUGGCUGAUCAGGCGCCGGAGAGAACCUGAACGACGUCGUG